CGUAACACAAUGUUGACAGUAAAACCAUCAAAAAGAAAGAAAAGUAAAAAUUUUGUUUUCGUCAUUUGAGCGAUCGAAACAUCUUGCCUAUGGUUUAAUCAAACAUAAUAUAAGACAACAUGUUUUGCUGCUUAAGAUUUUGUUUGAAUAAUACGUUGAGUCGUCCUAAAACUACCGGUCACAGCUCUAAUAUUGACAGAAUUAAGCUGGACAGUGCACAUAUGGGACAUGAAGUUGUUAUAGUGAAAGAUGGCUGUCGCAUUUGUGGGUCUGGCGGCGCCCUGACUAGUGCUCCGUUAGUACAAUCAAAAUCCUACUUUGAAGUGAAAUUACAGCAAAAUGGUCACUGGUCGGUUGGUUUGGCAACGAGGAAAACGGAUUUAAAUAAAACAAAAGGCGGAACCGACAAGGAGUCGUGGUGCUUGGGAUCUGAUAAUUUAGUUUUACAUGACAACAUCGAAGUCCACAAAUUGUCGAUGAAAUCGAAUGACAUAUGCAGUUCAUUGGACAAUAUCAAUGGGACCACUGUUAUUGUGCCGGAAUCUCAAUCGAACGAAACGGGUAUACCAUGCGAGGGCGACACGUUAGGUGUGGCAUACGAUCAUGUGGAAUUAAAUUUUUAUUUGAACGGGAAGAAGUUAGACAUUCCAGUGUUAAAUGUUAAAGGAACCGUCUAUCCGGUGCUGUUCGUGGAUGACGGAGCAAUACUGGACAUCAUACUGGACGACUUUAAUUACGGGCCACCGCCUGGUUUCGAGAAAAUAAUGAUCGAACAAUCGCUACUCUAAGAGGUCCAUGUUCAUCGAUUUAAUGUCGCUCUGAUUACCGAGAGAGACGCCAUUUGAAAACAUAAAUCUAAACAAUUUAUCUAAAGACUUAAAAUUAGCAAUGGUCAUUGGCAUCACUGUUUCACUGUAAGCACACCAUCCCACACGUUGUCCAUAAUAGUCAAACAGUGAAAAACAAAACCACAAACGAAUGGCUUCUAAAACCUUAUCUGCUAGCGUGAAGUCAAAUAUCUUAUAUACCGUACGCUAACCGAUAAGCUGUGAACAGCGCAGCUCUGCUUCCCAAUUUUUGUUUUGUGUAACGUGAUUACAGCCCUUGCCUUCUGCUGCAAACUUCCCACAUACAUCUGAACAAAAAUUCGGAAGCAGGCGCCUAAUCUACUAAUUACAUUUCCACUUAAAACGAGAUAAGCAAAAGGUCUGUUUACAACACUCGAAUUCAAUAUUUAAAUUUUACCUUUACAUAAAAACAAAUCGUAUUCAUGAAUUCAUAAACAAUAAUAAAUUAAUUAAUUAAUUUUACAAUCGCUGGCGUCAACAUUAGUGCAUUUAAUUUAUAAAAAAAAAACAUAUUUAACGGAUAGGAGAUGAAAGACAUGAUAAGGAACUAUUUAAUAUGUAAAGUAAUAAAUGUGAUAAAUUAAUCCAAACUAA